AUGCAUCACGAUUCAACAGUAUUGAUACAAGCAAUAUUACCAAAACAUCGUCGACAUUUUGCAUUGUUAUUAGGUGCCGUUAACAUUCCGUCUAAAGAUGUUAUUGACAAUUAUGAUAUAAUAUUAGUCAAAGGAUUACUACAUCAAUAUGUAAAAGAUUGGCAAAAGAUAUUUGACCUUCGUCAUAUGUCAUCCAAUAUACAUUCACUUUUACAUAUUCAUGAAUCAAUACAAUAUCUACGUCCUUUAUAUAUGUAUAGUACUUUUAAUUUUGAAGGUAUUGGUCAUGACCUGGUGUGCAUGAUCCAUGGUAUGACACACUAUGGACCACAAUUAAUUUCAAAUUUACAAAAUUAUCGACAAGCUAUAAUUGAUGUAUGCAAACGUGAUUAUCCAGAAAAACUAUUUUAUUUUAAUGAAAUCAUUAAACAUAUCAAAUAUAAAACUUUAUCAUCCACAAUAUCUCGUAAAUUCGCCGAUUUUUGUGUUUCAUUUAUAUUUGGACGACAAACUAAAUUAGGACUUAUUAGAGCAAUUGUAACCGAUCCAAAUGAUAGUGGAAAAAUAUUUAUUGUAUUGGAAGAUCUUACUGAUGAACUCGCAAGACAUCAUUUAUUACAAUUUAAAACGAAUAAUACAACAUUCUCAACAAUUCCAAAUAUUUACAUUCGAAAACGUUCUUCGUGUCUUGUUCUUAGAUCGUCAUCGCAUAUUUUGCAUAAACAUUCGUACAGAUUUCUUAAUGAUGAAGAAACUAUUGAAAUAAUCGAAUAUUCAAAUCUUAAAGAGAGCAGUUGA